ACAGAGGCUCCAAACAAACACCGGGUCUCCAGUCGUCGUCUCCUCGGGAAGCCAACCAGCAAACGAUUGUGUUUGCACCGAGCAGGCCAGCAGCCAAGAAGCGGGGCGGUGCGGGCGUGGGUUCAUCGACCGAGGCCAUGUCGAACCCCGACGUGGAGGCCGCCGGCCCGGCGAGGGCGGCGACGACGGGGAUCAAGCCGCCGCCGGGGAGGUACUACGCGGGCGGCGACGGGCAGCAGCACGCCCCGCCGGUGGCGCCCUUCUACUACGGCCAGGAGGCGGAGCGCGAGCGGCAGCACCACACGUGGCUGGUGCCGCUGGUGGUGCUGGCCAACGUGGCCAUGUUCGUCGUGGUCAUGUACUACAACGACUGCCCCCGCAACGGCAGGGGCGCCGACUGCCUCGGCGGCGGCUUCCUCCGCCGCUUCUCCUUCCAGCCGCUCAAGGAGAACCCCCUCUUCGGCCCCUCCUCCGCCACGCUGGGGAAGUACGGCGGGCUGGACCGGUACAAGGUGGUGCACGGGGGCCAGGGGUGGCGGCUGGAGACGAGCACCUGGCUGCACGCCGGCCUCAUCCACCUCGGCGCCAACAUGAUCAGCCUCAUCUUCGUCGGCGUCCGCCUGGAGCAGCAGUUCGGAUUCUGGAAGGUCGGCCUGGUCUACCUCUUCUCGGGGCUGGGCGGGAGCGUGCUCUCGGUGCUCUUCAUCAGGAACGGCGUCUCCGUCGGCGCCUCCGGCGCGCUCUUCGGCCUCCUCGGGGCCAUGCUGUCGGAGCUCAUCACCAACUGGACCAUCUACACCAACAGGCUGGCGGCCAUGGCGAACCUGAUCAUCAUCGCCGCCAUCAACCUGGCGCUGGGGAUACUGCCCCACGUCGACAACUUCGCGCACAUCGGCGGGUUCCUCACCGGCUUCCUCCUCGGCUUCGUGCUGCUGAUCCAGCCCCGGUUCGGGUGGCUGGAGCAGCCCUUCGGCGGCAAGACAAAGUCCAAGUACACGGCCUGCCAGAUCGUCCUCCUGGUCGUCGCCCUCCUCCUAGCCAUUGCAGGGCUUGCUGUAGGGUUGCUGAUGGUGUUCCGCGGGGUGAACGGCAACGACCAUUGCAGCUGGUGCCACUACCUUACCUGCGUCCCGACGUCGCACUGGAAGUGUGACAACUAAUAAAAAUAAGAGGAGAACAGCUGUGGAGACAAACGUGCUGCCCAUACAGAUAAUUGCUUCAGUUUGGCAUUUUCUUUAUACUUUUGCGCUGUAUAGAACUUGCACCUUUUGCAUUCCUUUGUUGUCCAAGAGGCGUUGACUAGCAAUUCUGCUUGAAUAUGUUAUUGAAGCUCUGUAAAUCACUCUGCUUUGUUUGUGCCUAAAGCGUUUGUUCAUUCUUUGGUUUUA